UAUCUACAAUGAUUUAGGAUGUAGUAUUUAUAUAUACCGGAACUCAAACAAAUAAAAACUAAAUAGUAAAUAGUCAGUUGAAAUUGCAUCUUGAUCACGUUUAUUUUGAAUACACUGUUAAAAAUGUCGAAAAUGUAACCAUCCAGGAAUUUUUUUCCUAGUCUGGGGAUUUUUUUUCUGCAAUUCAUAGUAUCUGGUUUUAGAUGUAAUUAGUAGGUACUCGGGCGUGACGUUUUCUGAAUACCAUACAACGUACAGUACAAAAUAUAACCAAGGUAAAGACGUACCUACAUAAUAAAGUGUUAUCUAGAGAUAAUGGUUUUUUCGAGCAUUAUAGUUUAAUUUUCCAUUAUUAGUAGGUAGGUACAUAAAUCACUGUGAGUUUUAAUCUAAUAAAUUUAAAAUUUAAUAUUUGUAUCGGGUAAUUAAAUGUUAUCUCACAUUGGUGACGACUGUUCAUUGUUACUAAACCGAUCGAUAAAAGUACCUACUUACCAAAUUCAACCUAUUCAACCUUUUUGACGUAAUGUGGUAUUUCUAGUAUUUUGGUAUAUUGUUUCCAAACCCAGGCAAUUUCUGAGUCAGAAAUUUUAAAUGUGUUUCUAGCACUUUUAGUACCACUUGCCCGGCCUGUCCGUGGGUCAACUGCCAACGCCAAGUAUGGUCAUUCUUUACUUUAUGGGUCAUUCAUUGUUGCAUCGUGGACAUAGUCAAGGAAUAUUCCUUUAUUAUCAAUUCUAUGAUCACGUCGAACAUGGUCUGUUUAGUGUUUACAAAUAUGUUGUAUUAUCAUUGGUGCUACUACAACUGAUAAACCAUAACCUCAUUCCACAAGUCACAACGCGCAUUAUCAUUCGUUUUAUUCUUUAAUUUCCCUAAUGUUUUAUUGUUAUAAAAUAAAAUUGUGAUACAUUCCCAUUCGUUUUAUUAUGACGUUUCGAAAUCGUUCUUCAUCCACUUCACUGCAAUGAUAAAAUGUUAUUGAUUUGUAUUUUGAUAACUGUAUAAAAACUGACUUCACUAAUGGUAAGUUUCAUUUUAUAGUUAUUUAUUUACAAUAUUUUGAUGUUUAAAAGACAAAAGAGUAGGUAAGUACCUAUUUCAGAAAUAAUAUACUUGUUUGGUGAAUAAACUAAUCAAUGUAUGUACAUAAACUUCUAAUAGUUUAGAAAUAUGAUUCUUUAAAUUUUGAUUAUUGUGUGUUAUUGAAUAAAUAGAAUUAUCUAUCUGUAAAACACUUCAAAAAUUAGUUAUUAUAAUAUUUUAUUUUUCCGAAAAAUAAUAAGAUAACAAAAAUAAUUAAGUACAUUUUUGGUAUGAGUUGUGUUACAUCCAAAAUUAACUAAAUUAGAUAAAUAUUUAAUUUUUUAAAACAUAUAAUAAUAGUUACCUACUAUAUGUACCUUUACUAAUUGUGAACAUUAUAAUAGCUCUAUAAUAUUAUUUAAGUGCAUCUCUAACUAAAGUUCCUAUGUAUUUAUUUAUUUCAGGAUAAUCAAAUUAAAAUAAAACUAACAACAAGUGAUCUUAUUGCCGCACGAAAAAAAGAAUAUUUGGAGACAAAUAUGAAAAAUUGUAAAUUAUAUGAUCACGUGCAAGAUGAUUUUAAGAAUGUGAGUUUUACUAGUAAACUGCCUAUAAUAUUAUAUUUUAACAUAAAUACAUAAAUAUUCUGAUAUUUUCUUAAUUAAAUAAGUAGAAAUAAGUACUUUGUUUAAAAUUUUCACAUCAUGCAUUUAUACAGAAAUUAUGUACAACAUUAUAUUAUUGACUAGUUACCUACCUACCUAAUUCUUUUUCAAUUAUAGUUUUAAAAUAUCAAAAUUAUAUUAUCAUUAAAUGACAGUAAAUUUCACUUUAAAAUUGAAGGAAACCUAUAUUAUUGAAUUAUGAUUCAUAGGCAGUUUACUUUUAGGUAAUACAUUUUGAGAGAUUGCUGAAAAUCAUAGUAUAUAUUUAAGGGGCUAGAGGUAUUUAGAUUUUUAGUUUGUAAAUUAUUGAACUAGAGUUAGUAACUUUAAGUUAUUCCUCACAUUUUCCCUUAAAAAAAUAUUUAAAUAUUCAUAUAGAAUAUAUGAUUCCAAAAAGUUUUCAUAUAGGUCCUUUUAAAAAAUGUAUCUUGUAAUAAUCAUGUCUCUUAAGUUUAUCUUCAUAAUGAAAUCUAUCAUAUAAUAUUUGGAUAAGUUUAUUACAACUUCUGUACUUUUUUGUGCAUUUAUAAAUUUCGGUAGGUAUAAAAAACAUUCCUAUUAAUAUUAAUGUAUAAUUUAAUUUUUGAAUACCGAUUUAUGUAGUUUUUAAUGUUAUUUUUUUUAUAGGCUAGAAGUUUUAUUGAUAAAAAAAUCAAACAAACCGGAAUAGUUCAUGACGAUCAGUUUUCUAACCAUUUGUGUAUUUGGGAUUCCAAUUAUCCAGAAAAUCCACAACGAUAUGAAUCAAUUAUAAAAAGGUAGUAUUAAAUAUUUAAAUUGUCAGAUGUUGUUUCUUUAAAGUAUUCAACACUAAUUACAUCAACCAGUUCCUCUGUGUUUAAAAUUGUAUUUAUUUAUUUGUUCUCUUUAAAUGGAUAUUUUAAUAGGUGUAAUGAAUUGGGAUUGAUUGAAAGAUGCAUACAAAUACCAUGCCGCAAUGCUACUAAUGGUGAACUAUUAUACAAACAUACACAAGAAAUUAUAGAUAUAUUAAAAUCUACAGAUAAUGUACAAGAAACUAAACUUUUAGAAAUUUUGUCUUCUAAAUUUGAUGCUGUUUAUUUUCAUCCCGUAAGUGCAUUUUAUUAAAAAGUAAUUAUCAAAUAAAUAUAUUGUAUAUACAACUAGGUUCUUUAUUUUUGUAAAUAUUCUAGUCAACAUAUAAGCAGUGUUUGUUAGCUACAGGAAGUUCAAUCGAACUUGUCAAAGCAAUUUGUGAAAACAAAAUACAAAAUGGAAUGGCUUUUAUAAGGUAAAAAAUAUAAAAUGUAUUGGAGUUUGAAGAAGUAUUGGGUGAUUGCCAUUUUAAGAAAUGUUUUAUAUUAAUGUAGAAUUUAAUCUAUUGAUUAUUGAAAACAAUUUUUAAAAAACUAUAAAUACAUUAUAAGUAUAUAUACCAAGUGAUCCAUUCUAGUGGGUACACUCAUUAUCUUGGAAAGUAUUAAAUUUUUCCAGAAUUUGUUUUCUAAAACAUUUAAGAAACAAGCUGCUCUACAAUUUUAUAUUUAUGUUAUUUUUUUGUCACUCUUAUUUUUGGGGGUAAAACAGUAGUUACCUACUUACACUACCUACUUUUGAUUUUCAAAUGGCAACUUAUAUUAAUAGUAGUACCAGUUAAUUCGUGCGGUUUUUUAACAGAUGGCGUAACUUGAAUUUUAUUCCAGUGAUUCACCUUUUCAAAUAUGUGUUGGAAAGCUACUGUCAUAUUGUUUCAGAAUCAGUAUGUGUCAUUUAGCUGAAGCGUAAACAACAAUACUUUUUUUUACUCUGAAAAUGUCGAAUUUUGUACUGAAUAAAGUGUUUUUGCGGGGAGUACUUCUUCAUUACAUUAAUAUGUAGAAAAAGGCUGCCGAAAGUCAUCGUAUUUUGGUGGAAGUGUAUGGUGUGCAUGCUCUAGCUGAGCGUACGUGCCAGAAGUGGUUUGCACAGUUUAAAAGUGGCAAUUUUGACUUGCAGGACGAUGAACAGCCCGGACAGCCAAAAAAGUUUAAAGAUCACGAAUUGGAGACAUUGCUCGACCAAGAUCCAUCCCAAACGCAAGAAAAACUUUCAAAAUCACUUGGCGUCGCUCAACAAACCAUUUCUGAUCGUCUAAAAGCAUUGAGAAUGAUCCGGAAGGUAGGCCAUUGGGUGCCGUAUGAAUUGAAGCCAAGAUACGUCGAACACCGAUUUUUCGCGUGUGAACAACUGCUUCAACGGCACAAAAAAAAUGUUUUUUGCAUCGACUUGUCACUGCCCAUGAAAAGUGGGUCCAUUACAAUAAUCCAAAACGUUGGGCAACAUAUGGAUACCUCGGCCAUUUCAGAAUAUUCAUGGCCUGAAGGUUAUGCUGUGUAUUUGGUGGGACCAGCUGGGUGUGAUCUAUUAUGAGCUGUUGCAACGGAAUGAACCGAUCACAGGGGAAGUCUACAAUUGAAGAACACAAGAAGACAAUUGAUACGUUUGAGCCGAGCAUUGAAAGAAAAACGGCCAGAAACUGAGACCAGACACGAUUAUUUAAUUUUGCAACAUGACAAUGCUCGGCCACAUGUUGCACAGGUCGUCAAAACCUACCUUGAAACACUCAAAUGGGAUGUCCUACCCCACCCGCCGUAUAGUCCAGACCUUGCGCCAUCCGAUCACUAUCUCUUCCNUGCAACAUGGCCUGGCUGACCAGCGCUUCUCCAAUUAUGAAGAAGUCAAAAAUUGGAUCGAUUCGUGGAUAGCGGAGAAGCCGGCCGAAUUUUUCAGAAAGGGUAUUCGUGAAUUGCCAGAAAAAUGGGAAAAGGUCAUAGCUAGUGAUGGACAAUACUUUGAAUAUUAAAUUUGUAACCAUUUUUUCACAAUAAAGCUUCAAUUAUCGAAAAAAAACCGCACAAAUUAACCGGUACACCUAUUAAAAAGUCAAUAAACAGAUAGAAUAUUACUUAAAAAUCUUUAUUUCUGCUAAGGCAUUGACGAGAUAUUUCACUUUUAAGUUUGGAUUGAAAUAGAGUUGUGGUGCAUUAUUAACACGGGCCUACUGCCACACAAAUGAUACUCCACUACAUUUCUUCAACCAAAACUUAGAACUGGAAUAUCUUGUCAACAGAUUGACAGAAAUCAAAAAUUUCAACAUUAAAAUUUAUUUUAACUAAUACUCCAUCUAUUUAAUGAAAUUUUUUGUACCUGUUGCUAUUUGAAAAUUAAAAAUAGUAGUCCUUUUGACUCUAAAAAUAAUAUGGAUAUAAAAUUGCAGAGCUGCUUAUUUCUUAAAUGUUCUAGAAAAUAAAUUCUGGAAAAAUUUAAAUUUUCACUUCUUAAAAACUUAUGAGCGGUAUCGAAUGAAAAAUAACUAUUAAUAUUUUCAAAUACUAAUUUAACUAUGUUUUUGAUAAACUAGAAACUUAUCACCUUGUAAAUUGAUACAAAAACCAUAUGGCUAAUCAAAUAACAAAUUACAUUAUUUAAGAAUUAAAUAAAAAUUAGUAGCUAUAGUAGGGAUAAUGAUAAAGAAUAUUAGGUGAUGGUGACUUCACUUUAUAUUUUAUUAAUAAGAAAUAUUUUUUAGACAUUUUUGUUAAAUUUGUAUGGUAUAUUAAUACUAGUUUAGUUAUUUACUUAUUAAAAUUAUUAUUGACUUAUUUUUAAAGACCUCCUGGACACCAUGCUAUGAAAUCAGAAUUUUGUGGUUAUUGUUUUUUCAAUAAUGUAGCAAUAGCUGCAGAAUAUGUUCUUCGCCAUUAUUCAGUAUCUAAAAUUUUAAUUGUUGAUUGGGAUGUUCAUCAUGGACAAUCUACACAACAAAUGUUUUAUGAUGAUUCAAGGUUAUAUUUUAAUACAUAUUUUUAUUUUUAUUAUUUUAUAUUAUUUGUUGCUUUGCAUUUUAUAGAGUAUUGUACUUUUCUAUUCACCGGUAUGAAAAUGGAGAGUUUUGGCCCAAUUUACGAGAAAGUGAUUGGGAUUUUACUGGAAGUGGUGAUGGUCAAGGCUUCAAUAUAAAUGUACCACUUAAUUCUACUGGCAUGACUGAUACUGAUUACCUUGCUAUAUUUCAUCAAAUUUUGUUGCCAGUAGCUUCAGAAGUGAGUUAAUUAAUAAUUAUUUAUUGUGAAUUUACUUUAACCUUUUUUAUUUUAGUUUCAACCAGAUCUUAUAAUGAUAUCAUCUGGAUAUGAUGCUGCAUUAGGAUGUCCUGAGGUAAAUAACACUAGAUCAUAUACUUUAUCUUUUAAACUGUAUCUUUAUCUAAAUUUAGGGAGAAAUGGAAAUCACACCUGCCUGCUAUGCUCAUUUAGUUAAUUCUCUUCUGAAUUUUGGGUGUGGUAGAGUGGCGGUUUUACUAGAGGUAACAAUUAUUUUAGUUUAAAAAUUAAAUUAUAAUAAUAUUUACUAACUUAAAUAUUCAUAGGGAGGAUAUUGUUUAAAAUCUUUAGCAGAAGGUGCAGCAUUAACAUUAAGAUCCUUACUUAGAGAUCCAUGCCCAUUGCUUGAUAAGACUGGUAGUCCUUGUAAUAGGUAAAGUAAUAAAAUACAGUUAUAAUAUUUGUAACUGAUUUUUUUAAAAUGUGAUAUUAAUAUAAUAAUUUUAAUUCAAACUUUAGUAUAAUAGAAACAAUACACAAUGUUAUUUUUGCACAUCAGAAGUACUGGAAAUGUUUUCAAACAGAAGUUUUGUUAAGUCCUACCUAUAAGGCAGUAUCCUUAUAUUCUUUUAAUGAUGAACCAUUAAGUGUGUUUCCAACUGCUAAUUGUUAUCCAACUCAAGACGAAACAAAAGUGGAUGAGUUUUCAGUUCUUCAACAUUUAAUUUCUGGUGAGAAUAUAAUUUCAUGCAUACUGCAUACUAUAUUUUAUCAUUUAAUAAUUUAUAUUACAGAGACACAGUUGUUGAACAUAAAAAAUAAAGUUUGUCUUUCAUAUGAUCUGAUCAUGGAUCAAAAACACGAAAGCAGUGAAAGGUAUAAUUUAUGUUAACUUAAGUAACUAUGUUGAAUUCAGAUUGAGGACCCCUAUUUUUUGUAUAAUUUAUCAAAUUUUGUCAUAAUUAUAUAUAAAUACAAAUUUCAUUAUAAUAUCUAAAUUGAUAAAUACAUUUCAAUUUUUUUUCUUAUCAUUGAAAAUAUGAGAUCCAUAUAUGUCUGUGUAAGUACAUAAUAAAUAAAUAUAAUUAGCUUAGAGCCAAAGCAUGUAGAAUCUCUAAUUAAUGUGAGUAGGUAUUCAAUCUUACAUGUUUUAAUCUUUUAUGAUUUCAUUAUUUUAAAUUUUUUCCAAUUCACUUUAUCAAAAUAUUUCAAUAUUAUACUAUGAAAAACAAAAUACAUUUAAAUAAUUAUUAAAUUAUUUAUCAGCUUUUAAUAUCGGUUUUUUGUUGUAGUGGCCAUCCAGAAUGUCCUGGUAGAAUAAGUGCAAUUUUAAACAUGUUCAACACAUUCCAGCUAACAUCUCGACUUUUAAUAUUAAAAGUAUGAAAAUGAUUAUUAUUAAUAGGCCUUGAGUAUAAAACUUUUUAUUUACAUUUGUUACAUUUGUUUUUAAAUAUUUUAGUCUAGAGAAGCUAAAGAGAGUGAGUUGUUUCUUGCCCAUUCCAAAGAACAUGUAGAUGAAAUGUCUAAUUUACACAAAUUGACAUUAUCAGAAUUAAGUGAUAAAGAAAAAUGUUAUGAUUCUGUAUAUUUGACUGUAGACACUUACAAAGUUUCAACACUUGCUACUGGCUGUUUGUUGCAAGUAUUUACAUAAAUCAUAAUAUAAUUACAAAUAGGGAUACAAAUUAUGAAUAAAACUUAACAAAAUAAUUUUAACAAUUUUUAUAGGUAAUUGAUUCUGUGAUAAAUAAUGAGAGUUCAUCUGGUGUUGCAGUUAUUCGACCACCUGGACACCAUGCUGAAAAUGAUAUUGCUUGUGGAUUUUGUAUUUUUAAUUCUGUUGCUAUUGGUGCAAGUUAUGCUUUAAAUAAAUUUGGCCUCAAAAGGUAUUUUUUGAUUAAAAAUAAUUAUGCACAAUGUUAAGAUGUAUAGACAUAAUGGUGAACAUUGACAGUCGCUAGUUUAUUGGCGCAAGUACACAUUCUGCUAUGGUUGGAACAGUUUACAAAUUUAUAGGAUUGUUAUAGCAGGCUUUAGCCAUGAUGAUAGCUGCUGAUAAAUACUAUAACUUAUUAUUUAAAUUUAAUUUAAAAAUAUCUUCUUUUCCUUCGCCUUCAUUUCAACUAUUUGGGAUCGACCAUCUUCAUAUCAUUCUCAAUUGUAUCACAUCUUUUUCAGUCAUCCUCUCUUCCUCAUUUUUCCUAAUUUUAAUUUUUUUAUUUCCCUAUCAAAGAAUGUCCAAGUCCUAACAAGUUAUGUACUAAGAUUGUUUUGAAUAAAUAUAAAAUAAUAAUUCAGCAAAGGAAUAUAAUAUGGACAUGUCUUUGUAUUGUCUAAUAAUAAUACCCUAUGAUUGUUAGAUCAUUUUAACUUACUGUUUAAAUACUCGAAAAAUUUCCAUAAUUUUUGAUAUGAUAUUAUGUUAAACAUAUGAAAGAAUAUAUUGUGAUAGUUUAAUUUAGAUUUUGAGUGGAGCCAAGAAGUUUAUGGUUUUGCAAAAGAUAUUUAUCUAUUUUUUUUUUCUACCUAUAAACAACUCUUCUACCAGUAAAUUUCUAAGUGUAGCACCUUUUCUGUAAAGAAAUUGGUAAAGGGAGGUCAUUUUUCAAUUUUCUUAGGAGUUUUCUUGUCAAAUUUGAAAAACUGAGAUAAAACAUGGGAAAAAUAUUGGAAAACUAAAUUGGUACAACAUUAAACAAAUAUUUAAGAAAAUAUAUAGAGCCUAUUUUACUAUAAUGUGGCAUAUAUUUUGUUGAUAAAGCAUCACUAUCAACUGAACUCAGCUCAGUUUUUGUAAGCAAUGGUUUAUCGUUGCUUACAGAUAUACAUUAAAUUUCUGUCCGUAUCUUACCUUCCCAACUUCCCACCAUGGCUGCACUUAUCCCCAUUAUCUUACUUUUCUUUUUUAAUUUAAUUUUUGUGUUUUAGCUUAGUAUAGACCAUUUAGGUUCUCUUUGCCGACCCAUCACUUCUUUCCAUCUGUUAACCCUUAACUGUUCGUUUCUUCUAAGGCUAAAAAUUUAUUUAACACCUUUAUCACAUAUCUUGUUAUGUUUGCUUCUCUGUUUUUGUUGUAGUCCGGGUUUCUACAUGCAUGUAGUGCUAUUAAGCAUAUCAUUACUUUUAACUUUAUAUAAAGUUAGUGUUGAUCUAUUUGAUACUAAUUUAGAUUUCAGGAUUGUCUUUAAUGGGAAGAAGUUAAUUUUGUUUAAUAUCUCUUUAUAAUUAUUGCCCAAUAUCAUGGUUAUCUACUUUAGAUAACUGUACUGGACACACUCAACUCUUAAAUAUUUGAAGUUUUCUACCCUCUUAAACUCCAUAUCUCUUACUAUAUCUAUUAUUCGUUAUGUACAUGUGCAUGUUAACAACACAUAUCUUGAUUUUGUUUUCUAGAAAAGCAUAUUUAUAGAAUUGUUUUGGUCCUUAUUUUUAAUAAAUCUGGAGAUGUACAUAAUGUAUUCUUCAGUGACAGUAUCAUGUACUUUCUCUUUUCUUCAUUUAUAAUUAACCUAAUUUCUUUGUUUUCCUCGAUGAGAACUUUUGCCUUACUCUGAAGGCCCCUUUCAGUUUCUGAUAGUAAUACAAUGUCAUCAAUGUUUGCUAUUAGUUUGACUGUUUUAGAAUCUUGAAGUUUUCUUACUCUUUUUUAAUAACUGGUGUUAAAUUGUUUUCUCCAGGUGCUUUACUAUUUUUUAGCAUUUGAAUAGUUAUUUCUAUUUAUUCUGUUGUUGGUUCAUUUAUCAAUUGUUCUACAGUCAUCAUGUAUUGAUCUACAGGCUUUUCUUGUCUUGGUUUAAGUAAAAUAGUUUCAAACAUUUUUCAGCUAUUUCUUUUUUAGCUGUAAUUAAAGUGAUUUAGUCUACCAAUCUUGGUUGGUACCUGUUAUUCCUUUUCUUGUAUAAAACUAAUGUUGCUUUUAAAGCUUAUCUCCCUUUGCUUUUUGUGGCUUUUAGUAUAUCAUUCUAACAGCAUCUGGUUCUUCAAGUGCUCUUUUACACCUAUGGCUGAACCUUUAGAUUUCUCCUUUUUCGCGAAACCUAGUGUGUCUUACUUCUCGAUUGAUUAGUUAUUCCCACAAUUUAUCAGGUUCUGUGUUGUUGGUGGUUUUUAAAUUUGUAUCUAUUGUUUCAAUCUAAUUCUGAAUGUUUAUUUUCUUUUAAUUUUUCAAUGUUGAACUUUUGAGUAACUCGUUUCUUUUCUCUCCAAUGUCCAUGUCUGUUUAUGUAUCUUAUGCAGGAAAAUCUACUUAAAAGCCUGCCUUUUGACAUUACAAAAGAUAUCACUCAUUAUGGAGAGUCUUUGUUGUCUUAUGAUAAGUUUGAAAUCUAUUUCUUUUCCAAUUUUUGUAAUAGUCAACUAGUAUGAUUUUGACUAUAUUAUGAGAUAUUUAUCAUACAGUGUUUUAAGUUGAGAACAGAAUUAAUUUUUCAUUUCUUCAUUUUUGUUCUCUAUGAGGUAUAGCAGUUAAUCAGUAUUAUAUUGAACCAUUUAGCUUGAAUUUUGAAAAGGCAUAACCUAUCAUUAAAUGACUCAAAUCAAUUUAUAUUGUUAAGUAUCUUAUCACUCACCUCCCCUUUUUUGUCCUAUUUUUCUUGUAAAACAAUGUUUAAACAAUAAACAACUAUAGUCCUAGGUAGUUACCGUUGUGCAAUUAUAAUAUUAUCAUAAAUUUACACACUAACAACAACUGCUGUCUGUUAGGUAUUCUUCUUUAAUGUUUGAUUUCAAAAAUAGUGACUUUCAAUGCAAAUAUGUUAUUUUGAUUGGACACAUUUUUCCAGAAUUCCCUAUUCUUUGUAUUCCUGAUGCUUUCUCACAUUGAUAUUUGUGUGAGGGUUUUAAUUUAGUCUAUAUAGCGGAUGGAGGGGGAAGAACUACCUCUGUUCCUCAACAAAAGAAUUUGAGAUUUGGCUCUGUAUUGUGAUCAAGAGGUUGUCUCGGACUUGUAUUUUAAGUUUUUGUUUUAUGAAUACAUUCGUUCUAUGCUCGGUCCAUGAAAUUUGUAUCAUUCUACUAUUUACAGUCAUUUCAAAUGUUUCUAUUCUCUGUAGACACCCUAAAUUGGUCCAUGAUUCGGAGCCAAAUGUAAAAGGGAAUAUCAGUGUUUUCAUUAGAUAUAACUUCGUUCCUUUCCUGAUAACAUGAUUCUUCCAUAUUUUGACAAGUUUGGCAAUUGCAGUUUUACCCACUCUUCUUUGAUUUCUUCUUCUGAACUACCUUUAUUUGAUAAAAGUGCACUUUUUUUGGUGAUUAUUGAGCAUAUUUUGAUCAAUUGAGUUUUAAACCUGCUUCAUUGCUUAAUUUUUCUACUAGUUCUAGAAAUUUGGUCAUUUCCAUUUCUGGUUUUGCUAAAUGCAGCAUAUCAUCAGUAUCUUAAUGUUAUAAAAAAAUAUACUUGCAAACUUUUGCAGGCUUGUCUACUAUUAAUUUGUUGACUAGGUAACUAAUCAUUUUUAAUUCAUUGUCUUUUUUCAAAUAUUAUUAUGUAGUUUCACUGUUAUUUGUUUUAUUAACUAAUUAAAAAUUAUUUAUGUUUUUUCGAUGAGAGGGUGUCCAAAAAUACACCAUUGGAAAUUUGAAUAUAUUUUAACUACUAUGCAAAUGAACAAACUCCUCUAAAUUUCUGUAUUGAUAUAAUUUAUAAUAUUUGUGAAAAUGUCAAUAUUCAUCAAAAUAAAAUUACUAGUGAAUGUCACCAAUCAUCGGCUACUGUCAACAUUCACUGCUAUGGAGUCAUACAUCUUACAUUGCUUGAAACAAUUAAAAAAUGUAUUUAUAAACUCAUUAAUAUGAAUACAUUAUUAGAAUCAUGAUUUUGGAUUGGGAUAUACAUUUUGGAAACGGUACAAUGAGAGCUUUUAGGUCGGAUCCAAGGGUCUUGUAUAUAUCAAUACACCGGUAUCAAAAUGCAAAAUUUUUUCCUUGUUCAGAAGAGGGCUCACAUAAAGCUACAGGUUCCGAUAGUGGAGAGGGAUAUACUAUUAAUAUACCAUGGAAUAAAGUAAAUUAUAAUAUAUUAAAUAAAUUAUUCAUUAAUCUUAUUAAAUCCAGUACUUUGUAAGUGAUCUAAUAUUUUUCCAUAUUUUUUUAGAAUGGCAUGGGUGAUGCUGAAUAUAUUUCAGUAAUGCAUAAUAUAAUUUUACCUGUAGCCUACGAAUUCUGUCCAGAGCUUGUUUUGGUAUCUGCUGGAUUUGAUGCUGCAGUGGGAGAUCCACUUGGAGGUUAAAAAUUAUUUUUUAUUAGUUUAUUUAAUUGACUGUAUAAGCCAAAGCAUUAAACUACAUAAAUAAUUAAAACUAAAACAAUCUAAAACAUAACAGAUCUAAACAAUGAAGUAGAAGUCCUCAUUAGCACAAAUUAAAGGAAAGUACAAGGAUUGAAUAGGUAUAAUACAUCACUAUAAUAUGUAUAGUACACAGGUAUUAUACUAUACUAUACAUAUUAUAUUUUAGAUUCUGAAUAUUGCAGAGAAUGUAAUACAAUGAUGUUUAUUUAAGCAUUUAUAUUAAACAUUUCUAUCAGAAAUCUUGAUUUGAUAUGUAAUUGCGCCACAUUUUUUGAAAGGAAAUUUUGUCUAGAUAGUACUUUAGGCUGGUCAUUUUUUCAGUUUUCCAAGUGGUUUUCAUAUCAUCUGGAAAAAUAUACAUAAAUAAUGCUUUUAUUAUUUUUUAAAUUUUUUUUUUUUUUGCAAUUCGGUUAAAAAUGUUUAUAGAGACUUGAAAUUUGGACAGGGAAUUUAUAUUUGCCUUUUAUAGAUGUGAUUAAAAUUUCAAAACACUUGAGCUAUUUUUAACCUAUUUAUAGGCAUUUUAAUUUUAUGAGUUUUGUACAUAAUUUUUACUAGAUACUCUAUGGAUAAAAUUAUUAGACCUAACGAAAAUGCUUGCCAAUUUAACAUGUUCAUUAUAAGUUGUACUUAGUGGUCAACAAGAAAAAAUUAAUUUUAAUGUAAUAUUUUUUUUUUAUUAUUAAAAUUUUAAUGAAAAUAUUACUUAUUAUGGCCUUUUUACAAUUGAACUCGGCUCAGAAUCGUUUUUUAUGAGCAAAGAAUAAUUUUUGCCUACAGAUAUACAUUAAGUUACCCUCUACGUUCUACCUUCUCAACUUCUCACCUAUAACAGUAGCUCAACCAUCAUGUAUGUCCAUAGCUUUUUUUUAAUUUAAACUUCGUUUUAAGUUAUACACUGAGAAUAUAGUCGGUUGUUACUUAAUGAUGUUCAUCUAGUAUAAACUGGAAUCUUUAAAAUCAAGUGUAUAUUCAGUUUAUAUAUCAUGAGUAGAGUAAACAAUUUAAAUUAUUGUUAAAAUAAAGCUUAGAUGAUUUCAUGAUUAUUUAAAAAAAAAAAAUUAUAUAUAUGUUAUUAAAAUGAUAAAACAAAGUCUCAUACUAUCUAUUUCUAGUUGUAUAAUAUUAAAUUACAAUAAAUAUUGUAGAAUCAAUUUGUUUAUUUGUACUUCUAUUAGUACAUUAAAACAAUAUAAACUAGUAUUUAUGUAAAUAAAUAUAUGAUGCAUAAAAUAAAUUUCUAAUUUACACAAAAUUUGAAUAAUGUUGUCUUUGAUAUUUAGAAUAUUUUAGAUUACUAGAAUAAAAUGCUGCAAAACUGAUCAAUAGAUAAAAAAAUGUUCCCUUUUAUGUUUUAUAUGUACUUAAUAUUUUUAAUAUAGGUUAAAUUUGACUCAAAUCAAAAUAUAGUAUUAAUUUUGAAUACAGUUUCCUAACCAUUUUUUUCCAGGUUGCAAAGUAACACCUGAAUGUUAUGGACACCUCACUCAUUGUCUGUCAUCGUUGGCCAAUGGAAAAGUCAUACUUGCCUUAGAAGGUGGCUAUAACAUAGAUGCAGUUUCAUAUUGUAUGACUAUGUGCACAAAAGCCUUACUUGGAGAUCCACUACCUCCUUUAGACUUAGAAUACCCAAUUUGUAAACAUGCACAAAACACUUUAAAGAGGGUUGUGAACGUCCAAAAAAAAUACUGGUCAUGUUUUAAACCAUUCCAUUAUGAAAGGAGAAGUAAAAAUUCAAUUAGUAUUAAUGAUUAAAUUUCUCCAGUGAUAGUAAUUAUGCUUUUUGACAUAAUGGUUCACACCAUUUUAAUUAAUAUUUAUUGGUUAUUUAAAGCAUCAUAUUUUUUUAGUUCUUAUAAAUUAAAUUAAAUUAUUAAUUGCUUAAUUUUUAAUUAUUUCUCCAUUAUAUUGUUUAAUAUUCAAUAUGCCUAUUAACUUAACUAUAUAAUUAAACAUGUUUUAUAAUUUUUGGUUAUUUCAAUUGCUGUACAUUAAUUCUAGAUUCUGAAUUCUAAGAGAACAGGGAAUAGAUUCAUUUGCAAUGGUUAAGAUUAGAUCACAAAUGUUUUAAUGGAUACUUAAAAAAUGUAUGGCAACAACUGUUGGAGAAUAAUAAGAGAUAAAUAUGGAGGAAUUUGGUUGUUAAAAUGAAUUUAAAAGCUUUUAAAAAGCUAAGAAGAUCAAUAAUAGUCACAAUAAAUAGUACUUUGCUUUAUUUAAAUUCACAAAAUAGCUAUGUAUUUAUAUAUAUAAAUUGUUUAAAAUAAAAUAUGCCUAUAUGAUAA